AUGUCGUCGCUCGCUGAUCUCUGCACUGUAUCCAAUGUGCAGGCGGCUCUUCCCGCUAACGGAACUCUGCUCGGCAUCAACCUGUUGCCCGAGACCGUAACAGCAAGUCCUCUGUACAAUGUCACCGCUGGUAUGGGCAGCACCGAGAGUUACUCGUAUUGCAAUGUCACCGUGUCAUUCACCCAUACCGGAAAGGGAGACGUCAUUCCUAUCAAGCUAGCUUUCCCGGAACCUUCCAACUUCGAGAACCGAUGGUACCUGGCCGGAGGUGGAGGCUUCUCCAUUUCAUCCGAUGCAACCGGAGGUCUUGCUUAUGCCGCUGCUUCCGGUGCCACUUCUGGUGGAUACGAUGCCUUCGACUACAGCUACGACGAGAAGGUCUUGUAUGGCAAUGGAUCGAUUAACUGGGAUGCUACAUAUGGUUUCGCCUAUGUUGCUCUUGGUGAGUUGACCAAGAUCGGCAAGCCCACCACCCAGGCUUUCUACGGCUUGGACGAUACCAAGAUCUACACCUACUUUGAGGGAUGCUCCGACGGUGGGCGUGAGGGUAUGUCCCAAGUUCAACAGUGGGGUGAAGAGUACGACGGUGUCGUCGCUGGUGCCCCUGCUUUCCGCUUCGCCCAGCAGCAGGUUCACCACGUCUACCCAGCCACAAUUGAGCAGGUUACCGGUUACUUCCCCCCUCCGUGCGCUCUGGAAAAGAUCGUCAACGCCACUAUUGCCGCUUGUGAUCCUCUUGACGGACGUACCGACGGUGUCAUUUCUCGUACCGACCUUUGCAAGAUAAACUUCAACUUGACCUCGAUCAUCGGCGAGUCCUACUACUGUGCCGCUACCAGCAGCUCUUCCCUUGGCUUCGGUUUCAGCAAGCGCCAGGCUCAGGGCAGCCAAUCUAGCACUUCCCCCGAGCAGAACGGUACCGUUACUGCUGAGGAUGUUGCUGUCGCCCAGUCUGUCUACGAUGGUCUGCACUCCAGUGAUGGCAAGCGUGCCUACCUUUCUUGGCAAAUUGGUUCCGAUCUUGGCGAUGCUGAGCCUACCUACAACAAUGACACCAACGAGUGGGAGUUCAACAUUCCUUCCACCGGUGGCGAGUACGUUACCAAGUUUGUUCAGCUGCUUGAACUUGACAACCUCUCAGACUUGAACAACGUCACAUACGACACUCUUGUCGACUGGAUGAACACUGGUAUGAUCCGCUAUGCUGACAGCCUGCAAACCACUCUGCCUGACCUCACCCCCUUCCAGUCAUCUGGUGGCAAGCUUCUCCACUACCACGGUGAAUCUGACCCCAGUAUCCCUUCUCCCUCUUCCGUUCAUUACUGGCAGUCAGUUCGUGCCAUUAUGUACCCUGACCUGUCCGAUGAGGAGGCCCAGGAAGCUCUUGCCGACUGGUACCAGUUCUACCUCAUUCCUGGUGCCGCUCACUGUGGUGCCAACUCUCUCCAGCCCGGUCCUUACCCUGCGGACAACAUGGCCACUAUCAUUGACUGGGUUGAAAACGGAGUUACUCCUACCCGCCUGAACGCCACCGUCUCUUCCGGCGACUACGCUGGUGAAGUCCAGCAACUUUGCCAGUGGCCCACUCGUCCUCUUUGGUCCGGCAACAGCUCCACUUUCGACUGUGUCACUGACGCCGACUCCAUUGCCAGCUGGACCUACACCUUCGAUGCCUUCAAGCUUCCUGUCUACUAG